UUGUUAUCCGUAGGAUGCGAUAAAAAGUGAGAUUCCCAUCUAUAACACAAAGUAUUUUAAGGCGAACUCAAUGUACCAUACACGUGGUAUAUUUUAUUAAUAAACUGCUGGAACUUUUACACUGAUUUUAAUGUAAUUAUCCGAAGAAUAUAUAUUUUUUCCAAAAACUGUACUAUACAAUUCUCAACGUUACGUUUUCUUGAAAUUCAUCCAAAUUUGAACCAAUAGAAUUGUUACAUCUCGAACCACAAUCGACAAGAAUUUUCGAUUCGGUAUCUUUCGAUAUGUUUAGUAAAAUGCCAAUUAUGUAAUACUGUUCUAUGGCUGCUGAGCGUGCACAUCGCAGAGUUUGCGAGUACGAUUUUUAAUUCUGUCUUGUCUAAGACAUAACCAGACAUGUCUGCAGAUGAAGUUCCACGGCGUAUGAUAUAUCCAUACACAUUAUCAGCAAAGAUUGCCCAGUUUCCAUAUAAAUUGUAUUUAACUCAUAAAAAUACUUGGUUAUUUAGAUUUUUCCCACUUGGUAUUCUUAUGACUUUGCCCAUAUUCUAUAAAAUACAAAAACUCAGUUAUUCUCCUGAAAAUGUAAAGAAAUGGGAAGAAGUCAGAAGGGAACAAUUUUCAGGGAAGGUGAUGCAUCAUUAAGUAAUACCUGAAAGUUUGUUAGUAUGACAUGUAAGAAGAGUGUAUGAAUAAAAUACAUGUAACCUCUACAAAAUAACAUUAAAAUUAGUAAUAUUUUCCAAUA